AUUAUUUCAAGUAUUCAAUACUGUAAAUUCAAUUCUUUUGAUAAAUAAAAUGUUAGGUUUUCAGCAGAAACUGAGAAAAUUCUUUGACUAUCUGCAGGUGAAACAGCGAUUGGUGCUCUGCUAUUUUAGUUUGUUGGCCAUCAUAAAUGCGUAUACAAUACGCUAUUGUCUGGACUUUUCACUGAAUCGCAUAGUAAGGGAGUCGAAGGCGAAGUCUAUCAAAACUCCUUUAAUUGUGAAACCCACACCGAGAAGAGUGAACCGAAACACAGUGCCAACUACUGCAAGACAAAGACCUAAGCCUCGACAAAGAGCUGGCAGAGAUCAACUUAAAUUAAAUCCACAGCAGUUGAAGCAAACACAAUUCCAUGCACCCGUCAUUACCACCUCCAACUGCUCCGAUGUGUGGACGAAAGAAGUGCAGAUUCUGGUCUCCGCCUCCUUCUAUGCGGGCUACAUGCUUACACACAUUCCAGGCGGACGUCUGGCGGAGCGUUAUGGUGGCAAGUGGAUAUUGGGUGCUUCGAUAUUACUUUCGGCAAUUCUAACGCUGCUCACUCCAACCAUAGUGCGUCAUGGUGGUCCUGGCGCCUUGAUGGCCCUCCGAUUGUUAAUAGGAUUCUGCGAGGGUCCCACAUUUCCAGCGGUCAGCGCUUUGCUGGCCCAAUGGGUUCCCGAAAGCGAACGAGGAUUGCUCUGCAGCUGCGUGCUGAGUGGCGGCGAAAUUGGGGUCAUAUUUGUUCACUUGGUUAACGGAUUGGCUCUGGGUGAGGAGGAUUGGGCGAUGGCAUUCUAUGUGGUCGGUAGCGGUGCAAUGCUUUGGUUUGUGGGUUUCGUUCUCGUCUGCUACAGCAAACCGGAUGCCUCGCCAUUUAUACAGAGCUCGGAGCGUGAGUACAUCAAGAGCCAGGUGAGCGACACUUUGAUCACAGAACCAGAGACAGAAGCAACUGACACUAAUGAAGCGCCUUGGAGCAACAUGCUGCUGAAUGCGCCCAUAUGGGCACUGAUUGCAGCUAAUAUGCAGCACGACUGGAAUCAGCAAGAGAUGGCACAAGAGCUGCAACAGCUGCUGCACCAACUGCAGUCCAAGGGCAGCACGCUGUGGACAGAGCUAGAGUCCAGUUUACGGGUAACUGCACCGCAUCUGUGGAGCUGGCUGGCCUCGCUCACCUCAGGCCAGCUCAGCGAUUAUCUGAUUGCAAACGGGAUCUUGAAUCGCACACAGACACGUUCCCUCAUGUCCUGGCUGGUCUUUGUGAGCAGCUCCAUGUAUCUAGUCUAUGACAAGCAGCAAAGUGCGCGAAUGUGGAGUGUUCUGGCUUUUGGCGCCUACUAUGCGGGCAUCAAGCUGCUGCCCCUGGACAUGAGUCCCAAUUUCGCCGGCACACUGAUGGGCAUCUCCAACGGCCUAGGUUCACUGCCGGGUCUGUUGUUGCCACUGCUGCAGCAACUGGAGUCGGAGUACGAAAUUGUGGGCAGCAUUCGUGCUGCAUUUUGGUUGAUAUGCGCUGGAUAUAUUUCGGGCGAUGUGCAGUCGUAUAAUCAGCGACAGCGACGUAGCAACCAGCCAAUUGUUCAUUAAUUACAAAUGUGUGUUUUCGUAUAUUGUUUG